AUGAGUGACGGUAAUAACAAAGGGGCGCUUCAUCCGGAGCCCAAGAAAUGGAAGGCCCCCAAGGGCCCCAAGCCAGUGCAUCAUAAGAACAAGAACUUGAUUGGGCUAGGACGAAGCAUUGCCAACCAAAGAUCCAAGGAAAACCAAGUGCAGUAUUUGCCAGAUGGAGAAAUGCGGUUCACUACAGACAAGAGAGACCCCAACUGGGUCAAACUAAGGUCGGUGACUCAAGAGAACUCGUUGGAUGAGUUUUUGAACACGGCGCAAUUGGCCGACACCGAUUUCAGUGCUGAGCGAAGUCAGCAGGUCAAGAUUAUCAAAGUUGGAAACACCAACGUCGUCAACACUAACGGGCUAUUGACCACGGACGAGAUGUUGGCCAUGAGACAAAAGCACAUGAUGUUUGAAAACAAAUUGACCAUCCCCAAGCGGCCCCGAUGGGAUAAGCUGCAGAGCAAAUUGGAGGUUGAACGGCAAGAGAAUUUGGCCUUUUUGGCUUGGAGGAGGGAAUUAGCCAGUUUAACCGAGAACAAUGAUUUGUUGUUGACGCCCUUUGAAAGAAAUUUAGAAGUUUGGAAACAGUUGUGGAGGGUCGUUGAAAGGUGCGAUUUGGUGGUGCAGAUUGUUGAUGCUAGAAAUCCGCUAUUUUUCAGAUCAGUCGAUUUGGAAAAGUAUGUUGAGGGUUUUAAUGACGAUGCCGAUGCUAAUCACCAAAAGCGCAAUUUGCUUUUGGUCAACAAGGCUGAUUUGCUAACGCGUGAUCAGAGAAUUGCGUGGGCUGAGUAUUUCAAGACAAAGGGAAUUAGCUAUGUUUUCUUUUCUGCGGCGCAAGCGAAUGAUUUAUUGGAGAAGGAAAGGGAGGAAAUGGAAGAGUUGGGGCAAAAGAGAGAAGAGCAUGAAGCUGAAAAUGGCAAUGGCAAUGGUGACGAAAAUGACGAUAUUGAUGAAAAUGACGAUAUUGAUGAAAUUGUGGAUGAUGAGUCGAUCAGAAUCCUCAAGAUUGAGGAGUUGGAACAACUAUUCAUGGACUCUGCACCAACAUUUGAACAAGAUCCCGAAUUUCCCGACCGUAAACUACAAAUCGGGUUAGUCGGCUACCCCAACGUUGGUAAAUCGUCCACCAUUAACGCAUUGAUUGGGUCCAAGAAAGUCUCCGUUUCAUCGACGCCGGGCAAGACCAAGCACUUUCAAACGCUACAUCUCACACCAGAUGUCCUCCUUUGCGAUUGUCCCGGUCUAGUAUUCCCCAAUUUCGCAUACACCAAUGCCGAACUAGUAUGCAACGGUGUCUUGCCCAUCGACCAGUUGCGAGAACAUAUCCCUCCAGUGGCCCUCGUGUGUCAACGUGUACCAAAGUUCUUCCUUGAAGCCGUGUAUGGUAUCCACAUACCUAUACAAAAAGUUGAAGAUGGGGGGAAUGGAGAAUACCCUACCGCGAGAGAACUUUUGAAUGCCUAUGCCAGAGCUCGUGGCUACAUGACUCAGGGUUUUGGCGCCGCAGAUGAGCCUCGUGCAGCUAGAUACAUCUUGAAGGACUAUGUCAACGGCAAACUUCUUUACGUCAACCCACCACCGGUGCUACGUGAAGAUGGCCAAUGGCAACUUCUCGACUUGCAGCAACUGAGAGAAUUCAAUCGUGACUUGUACACCUUGAAUCACUUACCCGAGUCUCGAAAACAUCAAAUUAUCCAAGCGAUGAAAACUAGAAAUAUCGCCGUUGAUGACUUUGAUCUACUGAAAGAUAUCGCCAAGUUGAACUUCUCCAUGCACAUUGGCAAAGUAGGCGACGACGAAAACAAUGCCGAUCACAAGCCCCAGCAGGCACGAACAUUGUUUUACGGUGGUAAGCAGGCGAAAUUGGAAAGCGCCGGUGAUGAGCUCGAUGAGGAGUUUUUCGCCCUAAACAACGUCGAAGGUAAGAUCAAUUCGCCAUUCCAUAAAAAGACCAUAUCGUUGCCCACCAAGGCCGACAAGAAACAUAACAAGAAGAACAAGAAACAAGACAAGAAAGUUCGAGUGGUAGGGUAUUAG